AUGGUUAUUAAGCUGGUUGUGGGAGGGUCUACUUUAAAUGUGAUUAGUGCUUACGCGCAUCAAGUGGGUUUUGACGAGGAGAUUAAGAGGCGCUUUUGGAAAGAAUUUGACGGGUUGGUACAUGGCAUUCUGCUCACCCAGAUGUUAUUCACAGGAGGGGACUUCAAUGGUCACAUUGGGGCGACAUCUAGGGAAUAUGACGGCGUGCAUGGCGGCUUUGGCUUUGGAGUUAGAAACGGAGGAGGUACUUCGUUGUUGGACUGUUAUAAAGCCUUUGAUUUGGUAAUUGCCAACUCGUGCUUUCCAAAAAGGGAGGAGCACUUGGUUACAUUCCGGAGUUCGUUGGCCAAGACUCAAAUUGAUUAUCUACUCCUCCGGAAGUGCAUGACAAAGCGCAAGAGUUGGGGGGAAGUUGUUGGCUAUGGGAGCAUGGAGGAGCAGUGGGGACGCGAGCUGUAUGUGGACUACGACAGUGGAGUGUAUUACACUAGUUGCAAGAGAAGUGUUAGAGGUCUCGAAGAGUUUCUCUAG